CGCCAGCGUGUGCGCUUUGACGCAGCUUGAGCGGUGCAGGGGAGUGGAGCGACGCUGGGAGAGACUCGAACGCUCACACACACUCACACACACACGCACACACACUCACCAAACUCGCACACACACGCAACACACACUUGGAGGAAAGAAGACGCACGAAGGUCAGCGGCUUUUUCACUCACAUUCUGCUGCUUCUUUCUCUUUUCUCUGAGCGGCGGGCGAAAGAAAAAGUUUCCACAAAGACAAGGAGAGGAGUGUCGCUCGGUUUGAGCAAGCAGAGACAAGCAAGACGCUCUCUGGCUGCUUCUUUUUGUGUGUGCGUCCUGGAAAUUAUCGCUAAAUUGAAUUCGGGUUUUUCGCAAUUUUUUACGCACGCCGCUCUUUUCUGUGGAAUCUCGUCUUUUGCGGGCUUUCUUUGUGCGCUCACUGACACCCGGGGUUUGUGUUGAUAAACAGUAAAGCGGAGCAAGAAGAAGAAGGAGGCAGCGGAGAAGAGGAACCGGACCAGGGCGGACCAAAGGGGGCCAAAAACUCACCAGGUAUGGCGGCGGUGUUGCCGAGGACCCUGGGUGAGCUGCAGCUCUACAGGAUCCUGCAGCGGGCCAACCUGCUCUACUACUACGAGGCCUUUAUCCAGCAGGGCGGCGACGACGUGCAGCAGCUGUGCGAGGCCGGCGAGGAGGAGUUCCUGGAGAUCAUGGCCCUCGUCGGCAUGGCCAGCAAGCCGCUGCACGUCCGCCGCCUGCAGAAGGCGCUGCGCGACUGGGUCACCAACCCGGCCAUCUUCAACCAGCCGCUCACCUCGCUGCCCGUCUGCAGCAUCCCCGUCUACAAGCUGCCCGAGGGCUCGCCCACGCUGCUCAACGCCCAGGACCGGGCCAACACCGCCAGCGUCAAGAUGCCCAAAGCCAUCGCCGCCGCCUGCUCCGACCCGGGGAAGCUGGAUGUGGCGAGGGACAAAGUGUCGGCCGGGUCGCCCCUGCAGGGCAGCAGCGAGGCUCGCUUCUGGUCGGGUCACAGCAACGACAGCGAGCACAGCCUGUCGCCGUCGGACCUUGGCUCGCCAUCCUCGCCCAGAGACGCCCUGGAGGCCUUGGACGCCGCCGCCGUGCAGUCGGUGCUGGAGUGCGUGGACCGGAUGGCGCCGGGACUCCCCAAGACGGACCUGGCCGAGGUCAAGGAGCAGCUGAAGAACAACAAGAAACUGGCCAAGAUGAUCGGACACAUCUUUGAGAUGAGCGACGACGACCCGCGGCGGGAGGAGGAGAUCCGGAAGUACAGCGCCAUCUACGGCCGCUUCGACUCCAAGAGGAGGGACGGCAAACACCUGACGCUGCACGAGCUGACGGUGAACGAGGCGGCGGCUCAGCUCUGUAUGAGGGACAUGGCGCUGCUGACCCGCCGGGAUGAGCUGUUCGGACUCGCCCGGCAGAUUUCCAGAGAGGUCACCUACAAGUACACCUACCGCACCAGCAAAUCUCGCUGUGGAGACAGAGACGAACCGUCCCCUAAAAGAAUCAAAACGGAGGAGAACUUCUUCGACAUCCAGGAGGCUCUGCAGGCGAUUCACAUGAGGCAGGAGAUGCUGAGGGAGCAGCUCGCCUGCGCCAAGUCGAAAGGAGAAGAAACCGUUGGACGAAGUCUGCAGAUGCAGCUGGAGCGUCUGCUGGCGAGGCAGAUGGAGAUCCUGCAAGACGCCGCCGUCCAGGAGCGACUCCAGGCUCUGGACUGGAGGAUCCCCCCGCCGCUAAAGUACCUCAACGACGCCCAGAACACCAACGGGGCCGCCGCCGACGCCAACCAAGAUGAACGGCCAAUCAAUUUGCGGGUGGUCAGUCAGAGCAUGCAGGAAGGUGAGCUCCCAUUGGGCAAGCAGCUAGCCAAUGAGCUGAAGCGCCAUCACAACCACAACAACAACAAUAACAACAACAACAACACCACAGAGGAGACCAAAACACCAGCAACAGAAAACGGGACGUCGCAGCGAGCGUCCAGCAACGCAGAGAAGAAGACCAUCAAGUCAGAGCCAGAAGACUCCACAUAGUGCCUCCCACCUCGCCUCACCCCCCCGACUCUCCCUUGUACCCACCCCCAGUUCAUUCUACUCACACUUGACAGUAUGCAGUUAUUACCCGUCAAUAGAUACUAAGCAAGCACAGCCACAGUAGAGCCUUAACAACCAACGUUGCCUCAUGAAUAGCAUUUAUUUUUAGUUUUGUUUUUGGUUUUUCUUUAUUUUUAAAGGUAUUUGCCAAAGCACCUAGAGAGCAUGUGGAGAAGCUUAGUGCUCUGCAGGUCUUUGUCUGUUGAUUAACUGUACACGUUGGCUGUACGUGUAAUUUAAAGUGAUCUGUUGCAGACUUGUGUGUACUCUUUACCUCCGCCUGCCCUGGCUGUUGUUUGUGUUGCUUUCUUCGGACAGCCGGGUCGCGGGCUGCGGCGCCGGGGCUGAAUCUUAACUCAUGCGCAGAUUCAGAAAUGGAAAAGCAGAACAUUGGGGGAAAUGGUGACACUUUACACCGCUACCACGUACUUCAAGGCCUCCUUAACCUGCUGAUAUCGGUGUGAAAAAAACUAAAUAUUUCAAGUAUCCAGUGGGUUUUUUUCUUAAUAUUUUUAUUUAUUUUAUUUAUAGUGGUGGUAAUGUUGGUCGGAUCACCAGUUUGGUCCAUGUGUGUCCAGAGAAGAGUUUUGGGUGAUUAUUAUAAUUGACCAUAUUUACUAAAAGGAUUGGCACCAGACUUUAUGCAGACAGUAGCCGUGUUUCUAAAGGACUGUACUUGAAGCAAACUUUUGCCAUUUCGCAAAUAAAAGAAAAUGUGGUUAAUAAGCAGAAGGUGGCAGUGUAGACUACGUAGAAGAAGAAGAAGUAGAGGUCAUGACCUGGAAACAAAACCUUGAGGGUGAACCGAGUCAUGUUGGCGUCUACAGGAGUGGACUGGGGAGAUCUUUGUUCUCUAGAAGCAGAAACAACCGAUCAGUCAUGUGAAGUAAAUAUUAGAUUUACGUCAACUUUUUCCAAUGGGAUACUUAUAAAUACACAGAUAGAGAUGCAAUUAAUCAUCGUGUGCAUGUUUUAAUUGCAAGAAGCAUCAUUCAUGUUAUUUACAAAGUAAAUUCUGCUUGUUUAAUUAAAUGUAUAUUACAUUGAACCCUCUGAACCCAGAGCACUUUCUUUUUUUUCCAGUUUUCUUCCCUGUGGUCUCAUAUUUAAAGUCUUGCACCUCUAUGAAAGCAGAGCUCCACUGAAUUUAAAUGACAAAUAAAGAACGGUUUUGAUGAAAUAUCUCAACUUUAAGCUUCUGGCUCUAAAAUAGAGUUAAUUUGACGAACCUGCUUUCCAACCUCUCUGCAGGUUUUGGGGUUCAGAGGGCUCUUCUUUGUGUUGAUUACUAAUAAUUAGCAUGAUGGCAAACUUUACCUGUUUCUUAAAAUUGUCAGUGACCUUGUUAGGAUGCUAAAACUAGCAUUUAGCUCCAAGAAACAUGUGCACAGGAAGUAACACGGCUACUGUCACCGUAUCAUGUGAUCGAUCUGUUAUUAGUUACAAAUGUAUGUCAUUUAUUAGAGAAACAUUAGAAAGUGGUGUCAAAUUUUAAGAUAGAAAUGGCAGAAACGUAACUUUUCUCACUAAUUUACAUGCUGCUGCAAUGAGUAGUGACAAGACGUCCAAUUAAUUUAUUGUUUUGGGUUGUUUUUAGGAAAUAAAACUUAAAAGUUACAACCUGAUUCCAUAUGACAAAUGGAUUUUAGCAAAAUAAAUGAUAUGCAAGACAUAUUUAUUGCACCAUUACUUACUUUUUGCUGCACAUUUGAGGUCAACAUCUCGGCAAGUGCAGUUUUAGAGGUCUUUCACUAAUUUUUACCAGUUCAUGACUCAUUUUUCAGAUUAUUCUGGCGCCACAUGAAUGUGAAAGACAGCUUUAGUCACUGUACAAACUCAAGUCUUAACCCGUCACAAAGCAGUUCGUCUGUCUGCGCUACUAAGUUUUUCCAAAAAGCAAUGAAUAGUUGACCAAUUAAUUCAUUGUUUUGGGUUGUUUGAGAAAGAAAAGCCCAAAGCCUUUGAUAUUUGCCAGCUUCUUUCCAUCUGAGUAAAAUACACUGAAUAUUUUGGAGUUUAGGGAAACACCGAUCAACAUUUUUUCACUGUUUAAUCGACCAAACAACUACAGGGGUCCUCGACUUGGGUGGGAGUUCCGUUCCUAAAGCGCGACAUAAAUCGAUUUUCGUUCUAAGUCAAAACUCUAGUAAAAAUGCAAACAAGGCCGCAACGUGCAUCAUGACAUCGCUGUUUGCCCUGUUCCAAGCGUUUAUAUCGGAUUUCACUUCCAUGAAGACGGCUUUCUUUUUCUUUGAAGCAUCAGAAGAGUCUAACUUAUGCUUUGGAGCCAUGAUGAAGGGCAAAAAGUUAGCAGAUGUGGCACAAUCCAAGGUGACGUACAACUGGCAAAUGUAAACAAAGCCGUCUUAUAGCGCCACAUGACGAUGUAUUCAUCCACUCAGCUCACCAACUAGUUCCACGUAACGAGUUCUGACGUAACGAAACACCGUACGUCGUAAACCGAGGACCCCCUGUAAUUAUCGGUGAAGUUUGAACGUUCAGCAGCGUUUCUUUGCUUCUCGUGGUCGUUUCUCUCCAGACAUCUUCUGAGCCUCCGUCCCUCCCAAAAUCUAACUUCUGCGUUUUGUACUGUAACUGAAAAUUAAAAAAGCGUCCGUACUGUAGGGAGAGUUAAGAUGCAGCCCCCCGUAGCAGGUUCUUAUGUUCACUUCUUUUUUUUUUGUCGUUUCACUUCAAAUGGGAAAUAAAAUUUUAAAAAAAGAACAAAAAACAGGCGAGUUGGGAUUAAUCCCGCCCUCCUCGCUCUUGUCUUGUGUAUAUUUAUGGGAGGUAAUUUAAGAAGAGGAUGUAUAGGAGCUGUUGUGGAACCUCUGUCGUCCGUCUUGGCGGGAUGGUUUUGGCUGGAGGCCGAGCUGAUUGGUUCAUUUCACUUUGUAAUUUAGCAAAACGCCGCUGUUGAGGCGAACCCGCGCAUCUGCAAGCGGGGAAUAGUUCAGGAGCAAAGAGGCUUGUGUGCGGUGAAAUGUUAAAAGCUUGCAGGUUCGCAACUUCCCGACAUCAGCUGCAGAUAAAAACUCCUGUUUGUCGCUGCUCUCGGUGGAAGCAGGUCUGUAAAUACGUGAUAACAAAUAGUGCUAGCCUAAUCUCUCAACCAGGGUUUUCCUUCGUCGAGUGUAACUUUGCUGUAGAUUUUUUGGUGUCAAUACAAGUGUUUAUGUAUGUAGAGCAAAAAAAAGAGAAAAAAUCUGAAAUCUUAAAUGUCAUUGAGGAAAAAAAAAUACAAGCGUGUGAAAGUGUCUGGUGUAUAAAAAACCUGCUUUACAUGAUGCUAAUGUUGUUAGCCUUAGCUCCUAACAGUGUUUAAUCCACCUGUGAUGGCCUCCAGUGCAGAUUUCAAAUGUGUUUUUUGCUGUUUAGAGGUAGAUGCAUAACAAAUAAGUGUUCACUGUGUUUUUCCGUGUUCGCCACAUUGUGUAAAUACGUCUGUUUGGUCCGAGGUGAUAGAAACGUCCCGACAAUUUGGUCCUGCAGAUAGUCUAGUCUCACUCAGAGAGACCAAUGCAAUAUUUAUGUAAGUAAUAAGUCUAUUUGCAUUCUCUGUGGAUCCAUUAUUGUGUGCUCAGUAACUGUACGUCCGGGAACAGAAGAUGUUUGUGUCGUCCCGCUUCUCAGAGUGUUCUUUCCGCCAAAUUCCACGAUGAGGUUUGAGGACUGGAGGUGGUUGUUCAGACCUGGUCCUGGGCGGUUCCGGUACUGGUGGGUUUGUCAGAGAACAGCGCAUGUCUGACCCGCCGUCUCACCGUUCUCCUCACUGUUUAUUGUAAAGUGAUAGAUUAGGCUUCACCUAGUUAUGCACCUGUUUUUUAAACACUAAUAUAUUUUAUUUGUUAUACAGCACAUAAACAUUAAACUUUAUUUUUUUGAACUCUA